GUAUUUUCCUCCCCCAACAUAAGAACAAGUGGAACGACUUUACGCGAGGCGGCUGCUUUGUUAAGAAACUCUGCUGCAUUUCUGUUCCUGGCAUUAAUUAAUCUUCAAUGAUAAUGAAACGACUUUGUUAAUGUUAUGAAGUAAUCUAUUACGCAUAUAUGCUUGAUGGCUGUCGUAUGUAUUUUCGUAACGCAUUGAUCAAAUAUUUCCCCACAUGCAGUAAACUUCUUCUUCUUUUCACCUCUGUUGAUUAACCUUGCCUUCUAUUAAACACACACACACACAUACAUUAUAUAAAUAUAUAUAUAUAUAUAUAUAUAUAUAUAUAUAUAUAUAGAGAGAGAGAGAGAGGAGAGAGAGAGAGAGAGAGAUGGAAAUGCUCGCACAUGCUAUGUACGUUAAUUAUCCUCCGCCGCCACGUAUCUCGCUGAUAUCUAUGUUACACACCGCCACAACACACGAGACAUUUCUCUCUCUUUCUUUGUGUGUUUUGCGAGAAGAUAAAAGUCAUCAAGUGUAAACAUGGUCUUUAAACUCACCAGAACUGUCUACCACGCAUGGACCAAACUGACCCCACGCGUGUUAUUAGCCGAUGGAAUGCGACGGAGAUCGUUCGAUGCUGGACGCAAAUUAUCUUCGAAUUGUUGUCACCUGGAUUGUAGUUCCGCUAAAAGAAUCGUCGGCAAAUAUGACACGAUUCUUCUCGAUUGUGAUGGAGUAAUCUGGGGGACCGAUCAUGUCAGUCGGAUGGACAAAGUCAACGAAGCACUCCACAAGCUUCGACAACAUGGAAAACAGCUUUUAUUUGUGACCAACAACAGUUUACAUUCAACGAACACGUUCUUCGACAAGUUUGUCCAAUACGGAUUUGAUAUCAACCACGACGAAAUAUUUUGUAUUAAUUCUGCUGCAGCUUUUUACCUGAAGUCAGUUCUUGGAGUGAAAAAAUCUGUCUAUGUGAUCGGUUCUGAAGCUAUGGGAACAGAAUUACAAAACUUAAAAAUCGAUCAUUUUGGAAUUGGGCCAGAGCCCGACUCGACCUCACGUAAGAUCGAUGAUCUUUUACAUAUGCACUUUAGGGACGAUGUUGAGGCGGUCCUGGUUGGAUUCGACGAGUAUUUGUGUUAUAACAAACUUUAUAAAGCCUCUAGUUAUUUACAGGACCCUGAUUGCCAUUUCAUAGUGACCAGUGAUGUUGAAAUGGGGACCAAAAUAGGCCCCAACCGAUACCGUCCUUCAGUCGGGGCCGUGGUGGGCGCCGUUUCGGCGGCUGCUCACCCGAGAAAAUAUACUGUUGUUGGGAAACCAAGCUCUUUUCUUUAUAAAUUCAUCAAAUUGAAAUUUCCUGAAUUAAAUCUUAAUAAAAUCCUUACAAUCGGAGACAGCCUAAAGUCCGAUAUAAAAUUUGCGAAAAAUAUCGGUUCUGAUUCAGCAUUGGUACUGUCAGGAGCAUCAGACAUGCAGACACUAUUAAAUACUCCCGAUGUGGAUAAACCUAACUACUAUUUUCAGAACCUUGCUUUGUUUGCUGAAGUACUGUGAUAUCUGUUUAUCGUUUAUUUAACUAUUUUUGAAGUAGAACUUCUUGUGUUGUUUUGCCUUAAACGAAAUUACUUGGGCUGUCUUCGAAGACCUCAAGUGUGUGUGUGUGUUAAAUUUACUCAGAAGUUUAUUUCUAUACAGGACCUUUUUUAAUAAACCCCUUUUAUAAGGAACUCAGGAAGAAAAGAUACAUGUAUUU